GCUCGAGGACCGAGGAGGGUGGUGAGGAGAGGAGCGGAGCGGAGCCGCUGCAGCUACCGCCACCGCCGCCGCCGCCGCCGCUUCCAGCCGCACGGAGCCCCGCAACGAGUCGUACUCCGUUCGGUGGCUGGAAAAAAGUCCGACGCUGCAGAAGGCGCGGGGAACAGCGAACGCGUCCAACUGCAGAGACAAGAAGUUUGGAAUAUUUCCGAAGGCGAGAGCGGUUCGGGAGGGGGGAAAAGCAGUGAGUGUGAGCGGCGAAGAAGUUUGAUAGUCGGGAUCCGAGCGCGUGAAAGUCAGCGCAGCAUGGCCGGUGGAGGUGGUCCCGCGCUGGGGACUUCCCGCCGCAGCCGGACACAAGUUUUAGCCGUCCUGUCGUACCUCGUUGCGGGACUCGUGCGGGUGAGCGGCCAGCAGUACGGCGACCGAGGGAUGUCGGUCCCGGAGCACGGCUUCUGCCAGCCCAUCUCCAUCCCCCUGUGCACGGACAUCGCGUACAACGAGACCAUCAUGCCGAACCUGCUGGGUCACACGAACCAGGAGGACGCGGGGCUCGAGGUGCACCAGUUCUACCCGCUGGUCAAGGUGCAGUGCUCUCCGGACCUCAAGUUCUUCCUGUGCUCCAUGUACGCGCCCGUGUGCACGGUGCUCGAGCAGGCGCUGCCGCCGUGCCGCUCCCUGUGCGAACGCGCCCGGCAGGGCUGCGAGGCGCUCAUGAACAAGUUCGGCUUCCAGUGGCCCGACAGCCUGGCGUGCGAGUCGUUCCCCGUGCACGGCGCCGAGGAGCUGUGCGUGGGCCAGAACAUGUCGGACAAGUCCGGCCCCGGCGUGAGCCCCACGGCCGACGUGACGGAGCCCCCCAAGGAGGAGGGCAACCCGGGGCACUUCAGGUGCCCCAAGGUGCUGAAGGUGCCGCCCUACUUAAACUACCGCUUCCUGGGCGAAGACAACUGCGGGGCUCCCUGCGAGUCGCUCGAGUCCAAGGGCAUGUACUUCUCCCAGGACCAGCUCAACUUCUCCAGGCUCUGGAUCGGCAUUUGGUCCGUCUUGUGCUGCGCCUCCACCCUGUUCACGGUGCUCACCUACUUGGUGGACAUGAAGCGCUUCAGCUACCCGGAGCGCCCCAUCAUCUUCCUCUCGGGCUGCUACACCAUGGUGUCGGUCGCGUACGUCGCCGGCUUUCUGCUGGAGGACAAGGUGGUGUGCAAUGAGAAGUUCGAGAGCAGCGUCCGAACGGUGGUGCAGGGCACCAAGAAGGAGGGCUGCACCAUUCUCUUCAUGAUGCUCUACUUCUUCAGCAUGGCCAGCUCCAUUUGGUGGGUUAUUCUGGCCCUCACGUGGUUCCUCUCAGCUGGGAUGAAAUGGGGCCACGAAGCCAUAGAAGCCAAUUCGCAGUAUUUCCACCUGGCCGCCUGGGCUGUGCCGGCCAUCAAGACCAUCACCAUCCUGGCGGUGGGACAGGUGGACGGGGACAUCCUCAGCGGGGUGUGCUUCGUGGGGAUCAACAGUGUGGAUGCCUUGCGUGGAUUUGUGUUGGCUCCGCUCUUUGUCUACCUCUUCAUCGGCACCUCUUUCCUGCUGGCCGGCUUCGUCUCCCUCUUCCGCAUCAGGACCAUCAUGAAGCACGACGGCACCAAGACGGAGAAGCUGGAGAAGCUCAUGGUGAGGAUCGGCAUCUUCAGCGUGCUCUACACGGUCCCGGCCACCAUAGUCAUCGCCUGCUACUUCUACGAGCAGGCCUUCCGGGAACAGUGGGAGAAGAGCUGGGUGUCGCAGGCGUGCACGAGCUACGCCAUCCCGUGUCCACGGCACCGUCACCCCCACAUGACCCCCGACUUCACCGUCUUCAUGAUCAAGUACCUGAUGACUCUGAUUGUGGGCAUCACAUCGGGCUUUUGGAUUUGGUCUGGUAAAACGCUCAACUCUUGGAGGAAAUUCUACACAAGACUGGCUAACAGUAAACAAGGGGAAACGACGGUGUGACCUCAGUGGUAGCCCACCCUGGUCGUUCCCCAUCCCUCAUCUACUUUCCUCCAAGUACACUUUUAUAUGAACUGAAGAACAGCUUUCUGUGUGACAGUGCUGGUGGACACACUUUAACGUGUUUCCUUGUACAUAAGCAUUUUGAGAUUUUUUUUGUAAGUAUAUAUUUGUAUUUAAAAGAA